AUGACGUUUCGGAAGGGAGGAUGUUGGGAACGAAAUAUCAAUCCUGCGGAAAUUGUUAAAAAAAUACUGCAGCUGAGCCCCUUCCUGUUUGCCCGCCCCCAAAGCUGCUCCGCCGGUCUCCUCCCCAUCCAGGUCGGUCGUCCCGCCAGUAUCCGAAUCCGGGACUUGGUUUUUGCCCUGCAAGGGCCCAGGCGUCCUCUCGGACCCUGGAACAAAAGCGGACCUGAGCCCCUUGCUGCUCACCCGCCCCCAACGCUGCUCCACCGGUCUCCUCCUCAAACCAGCCUUCACCCCUCAAACACAUACCUGGUUCCAGUGGGGGCGGGGCAUCUUCAGAAGGGGCAUGGCUUCUGUCAAAGCAUAAUGAAAGUGACAGAACUAUCUUUCAUCAUCUUCUUUUAUAUCAUGAUUCUUCUUCAGAUGAUCACUCCAAGUUCAGGACAGUUCACAGUGACUGCCUUACAGGAACAUGUUUUGGUUUCUCUGGGAGAGGAAGUUGAGCUCAGUUGCCAGCUUUCACCACCACAAAGUGCAGAACACAUGGAGAUACGCUGGUUCCAGAACCGCUAUACACAACCUGUUCACUUAUACAAGGAUGGCAAAGACAUAUAUGGAGAAAUAAUUUCCAACUAUGUGGAACGAACAGAGCUCUUGAAAGAAGACAUUGGAGAGGGUAAAGUGACCCUCAGGAUUCUUGGUGUCAGAGUUGAUGAUGACGGGCCAUACCACUGCUUAUUCCAAGAUGGUAAAUUCUAUGACGAAGCCAUCACAGAAUUGAAGGUCACAGCGACAAAUGUAGAAACACAAAUUCUUGUGCAUCCAUCUACUAUCAAAGGCAUUUUAUUAGAGUGUAAUUCAGAAGGUUGGUUCCCACGGCCUCAAAUGGAAUGGAGAGAUGACAGAGGACAGAUCAUUCCACCUACAUCAGAAUCAUAUUUACAGGAUAAAGACAAAUUGUUCAGCGUGAAGAUGACUCUUCUUAUUAGAUCCCAUAGAAAUGUCACUUGCUCCCUUCGAAACCCAGUGACUGGUCAAGAGGAGAUCACACGCAUUGUCCUACAAGAUGCACUGUUUUCAUGGAAUUAUAUUUGGAUUUUCAUGGCGGUUUUAAUUGUGCCUCUUCUGCUGGUCUUCAUAAAGGCAUGCUGUACAGAAAGAGAUUGCAUACGUAAAGUUCCUACUUCAGUACCAUAUACACAAAUGGAAAAUAUGUUGCUGGAAGAUUUAACUGUGAUCCUGUAUAUUCUGAUAGUCUUCAUUACCAUGAUUAUUUCCUUCAUUUACUUUAAAAUCAGAGAUUUGCCAAUGCUUUGA